CGUUUUGUAAACUUUCUGGUGUUUUCUUUCUUCAUGUAUAAAUGUAUAUGUUAUGUCUCAAUUUUUGUGCUUUAAGUAAAAAUGACAUUUUCAGACAAAAACAAACACAAAAAGCCAAGAUGGCGGCCGCCAUGAAGAAGACGGCUGCAGAAGUUGUCAAUGUUACUUUUGAAGAUCAACAAAAGAUAAACAAAUUGGCACGGAAUACAAGUAGAAUCACAGAGCUGAAAGAGGAAAUAGGAGUAAAAAAGAAACAACUCCAAAACUUAGGAGAUGCUUGUAAGGACAUCAUGCUUGCGGAUGAUGAUUGCUUAACGAUACCCUAUCAAAUUGGUGAUGUUUUCAUUAGCCAUUCUCAAGAAGAAACACAGGAAAUGUUAGAAGAAGCAAAGAAAAAUUUGCAAGAAGAAAUUGAUCCCCUAGAAGCCAGAGUGGAAUCAAUUCAGGGGGCGUUAGCAGAUUUGAAAGUUCAGUUCUAUGCAAAAUUCGGGAACAACAUCAACCUUGAAGCUGAUGACAGUUAAACAUUUUAUAAUACUUUUUAAAAAUGUGUUUAAUAAACUUGAAUAUCAUUUAAAAUGACAAUUUCCCUUCUUCAAAUGACAUGGAAAGCAAAACUUUCUUUUUUUAAAAUUUUCAUUUAUUGAAUGGAAACUUGCCUAUUUUCACCUGUCUUGCUUAUUUAUUUUAUGUUUUUAACAGAAGAGAGUAUUCAUCUAUGUAUUUUGCAUAACUAUUCUAUCAAGUGUAGGGGCUUUAUGUCAUGUUAUUAAAAUUGGUUAAGCAACAACAAAAAAAAGGCUGUCCCGACCUUCAGACCCCUUUAGUUAACUGCAAGCCUUCUUUCUAACUCCUUGUCUUGUCACAAAUCCAACUGUGAUCAGGUUUCUGUUCCUAUCCCUACAGUCCUCACAGGGAUACUUCAAACUCAUCACCUGCCAAACUGCUCACAUUCUCUGGCUGCUUUCAUUGACGAGCACAUUUGUCUAGGGCUCUUGCUGAACAAUCAGGCUCCAACCUCUUGUUCCCCACCCUUGACAUGUAUUUCACUCAGUGUCCCCAUCUUGGUGGACAGAAGAUUCCACCGUUCACCUAGGUGUUGAGGUCAAAUCUUUGGAUUCGUUCCUGACACAUCUGCUCUCCUCACGUCCUAUUCAGCCUGAGUCCUGUCACAGCCAUGAAAGAAUGGCCACUUUUCUUCCCCCGUGCUCAGCUCACUCUGCUCCAGCUUCCUGGAUUGCUUGCUGUUCAGGCACAUCAAGCACAUUCCAGUUUGUCCAUGGUGGGUCCUCUACCUGGAAUA